AGUUGUUGUCGAAUUAAUCGUAUAAAAUGGAAUUCACGUUAGAGGAUGCUCUUGAAAAUCUAAAAGAUACUCGAGCAGAACGACAGAAACAACUGGACGAUUUAAAAGAUUUGCUUUCGAACAACGAAGCAGUAUCAUUGGUCCAUACUACCGGUCUCGAAGAUAUCAAAAAUAAACAACAUCAAUUAUAUAAUCAUUUGCUACAUCACGUAUCUCUAGAAGAACCGAAGGAUUAUGCGAUUCCGAAGACUCGUGAUAUACAUGUCGAAGUUUUGGCAAACCUAGAAGCGGGAGUUCAAGAUGCUCAAAAACUCUUAGACAAAAUGAAAGCGCAUCUUUCCGAAAUCGAAGAUGACAUAUCCUAUUUGGAAAACAAAAAAUUGGGUUUGGAGAAAAUGAAAGAUGCUUAUUUAGGUGCAGCCAAAAUGAAAGCCAAAACAACGUAUGACAAAGAAAACGUUACGGCGAAACGUAUUUUUAAGAGCGUAAGAAAAGAUUUGCACUCCUUGAUAGAGUUUCUAUUCCCAAAAGAACCGGAAUUAAAAAAUUAUUUAGGAGAUUUAGUACUGGGAUAUGUUAAAGGUGGCGAUGAUGUAUACGUCGAUGUUACAUCCGAAGUUUUAGACUUUGUAAAUUUCCUGAUAGAAGCAGACAUCGCAACGUAUCAUAGAAACGACAAAAGUAAAGUUAAGUUAACCGAUAUAUUCUAGAAUAUGAAUGCACAGUGUAUGUAUUUUACAUUGUACACUCAUAUUUUCAACGAUACUCGCGAAAACACUGAUUAAAAUAAAGUUUUACAUUUAGUUA